CCUCCCCGAGCACGAUGCCGCGCAGGAAUGUGAAAGGCUCCCGCCCGCCGCCAUUUUCUUUCUUUCUUGGCAGGCAGCGAGUGGGGCAGGAAGCAGUGGCUGAGCGAGUAUGGCGGACUAUUCCACGGUGCCCCCUCCUGCUUCGGGCGCGCCCGGAGGAGGCGGCGGUGGAGGUGGAGGAGUGAACGAUGCCUUUAAAGACGCGCUGCAGAGGGCUAGGCAGAUUGCAGCAAAAAUUGGAGGAGAUGCUGGCACCUCAAUGAAUUCAAACGACUACGGUUAUGGAGGGCAAAAAAGACCUCUUGAGGAUGGAGAUGGCUCUUGGACAAGUCCGAGCAGUACAACACACUGGGAGGGAAUGCCCUCUCCUUUUAAAGAUCAACCAGAUGCUAAGAAAGUUGCUCCUCAGAAUGAUUCUUUUGGAAAUCAACUACCACCGAUGCAUCAACAACAAAGGUCUGUGAUGACAGAGGAGUACAAAGUUCCAGAUGGGAUGGUUGGAUUCAUAAUUGGCAGAGGUGGAGAGCAGAUCUCACGUAUACAGCAAGAGUCUGGCUGUAAAAUACAGAUUGCACCUGAUAGUGGAGGCCUGCCUGAGAGAUCAUGUAUGCUAACUGGAACACCAGAGUCUGUUCAAUCAGCAAAAAGGUUACUUGAUCAGAUAGUUGAAAAGGGAAGACCUGCACCUGGCUUUCAUCAUGGUGAUGGACCUGGAAAUGCAGUCCAAGAAAUAAUGAUUCCAGCAAGUAAAGCAGGUUUAGUUAUUGGAAAAGGUGGAGAGACAAUUAAACAGUUACAGGAGCGGGCAGGUGUUAAAAUGGUCAUGAUUCAAGAUGGUCCACAGAACACUGGUGCAGACAAACCCCUUAGGAUAACUGGAGACCCUUAUAAAGUUCAACAAGCCAAGGAAAUGGUGCUGGAGUUAAUUCGUGAUCAAGGUGGCUUUAGAGAGGUGCGCAACGAAUAUGGGUCCAGAAUAGGAGGAAAUGAAGGGAUAGACGUUCCAAUACCACGAUUUGCUGUAGGUAUUGUAAUUGGAAGAAAUGGAGAGAUGAUAAAAAAGAUACAGAAUGAUGCUGGUGUUAGGAUCCAGUUUAAGCCAGAUGAUGGAACAACUCCAGAUAGAAUAGCCCAAAUCACAGGGCCUCCUGACAGAUGUCAGCAUGCUGCAGAAAUUAUUACAGAUCUCCUUCGAAGUGUUCAGGCUGGUAACCCUGGUGGACCAGGGCCUGGUGGUCGAGGAAGGGGUAGAGGCCAAGGCAACUGGAACAUGGGACCUCCUGGUGGAUUACAGGAAUUCAAUUUUAUUGUUCCCACUGGCAAAACUGGAUUAAUCAUUGGCAAAGGUGGUGAAACUAUUAAAAGCAUAAGCCAGCAGUCUGGUGCUAGAAUAGAACUUCAAAGAAAUCCUCCACCUAAUGCAGAUCCAAAUAUGAAGAUGUUUACUAUCCGUGGAACACCCCAGCAAAUAGAUUAUGCACGACAACUUAUAGAAGAAAAGAUUGGAGGUCCAGUAAAUCCAUUGGGUCCACCUGUUCCCCAUGGACCCCAUGGUGUAGUUCCUGGCCCACAUGGACCUCCUGGACCACCAGGUCCUGGUGCUCCCAUGGGACCUUAUAACCCAGCUCCUUACAAUCCAGGGCCUCCUGGCCCUGCACCUCAUGGUCCUCCAGCUCCGUAUGCUCCACAAGGAUGGGGAAAUGCUUAUCCACACUGGCAGCCACCAAAUCCACCAGAUCCAGGUAAGCCAGGAACAGAUCCCAAUUCAGCAGCGUGGGCAGCUUAUUAUGCUCACUACUAUCAGCAACAAGCACAGCCACCACCUGCAGCCCCUCCUGGUGGACCAGCUACAACCCAAACUAAUGGACAAGGAGAUCAGCCAAAUCCGGCACCAGCAGGGCAGGUUGAUUAUACCAAGGCCUGGGAGGAGUACUACAAAAAAAUGGGUCAAGCAGUUCCUGCCCCUGCUGGGGCUCCUCCGGGUGGUCAGCCAGAUUACAGUGCAGCGUGGGCUGAGUACUACAGGCAGCAGGCAGCAUAUUACGCCCAGACAAGUCCACAGGGAAUGCCACAGCAUCCUCCAGCACCGCAGUGCCUUCCCAGACCUUCCACCUUAGGUUCUGCUGCAAAAAAGCAACAGUGCUGAAGAUGCUGCAAGCACCAAAUCAUAGCUCAUAGAAUCAGGUCCUGAGAUAGUUACUACCAGUAAGGAGGAAUCCUUUGAGUGUAUGCCAUUGGUGAGCCGAUGAGCAUGGACCGUAGAAGGGCUCCAUGUAGAAGGUAAAAUUGGCAAAAACAUAACAGAUUUGAAAUGUAUCCCAUACAUAAUGGUGUAGGGUAUGAUUUUUGUUUUGAUCACUUUUCAUUCUUUGAAGUAUUAAUAUUGUUUGACCAUAAAUGUUCCAUAAUCUGUUAAGUUUUUUAAACUGUGAUUUAAUGAUAUAAACCAUCUACUUUAACUUAUAUUCUCCUAAACAGCCAAGGUUAGAUAUAUUGAAUUUUUUAACUAAAUUAAUAGUUGUGCUUCAGUUUCUCAAGCUACUUAAUAUUUCAGCUGUAGUUUAAUAUGUAACUUCAUUUUUGAUGUGAGAAAGGUUAGAUGUGUGUACCAUUUGAAUUUUGAUACUGUGAAUUUAGUGUUGGGGUGAGUUAUUUGUUCACUACCUUUUACAUAAUACUUUUUUCCUCAACUGUUGUUGCUAAAAUAUCAUAACAGUCUUUGAAUUAUAAGUUCAGCCAGUGGAAGGAGGUAGAGAAGACAAAGCCAGUUUAUUGGAAUGUUGCUAGUGUGUGGAAGAUGAGAUGUUCUUGUAUGUAGCAUCUGAGGUGUACUUCCAGCUUUCUCACUGCUGGGCUUAUUAGGCAUGGUGUUUUGUGCUAAGAAGGAUAGUGUUUCUUCUUCAACUCUGUCCCCAAACUCAUAGUUCUAAAGAGAAUAGAAAAUAGAUUAUUGGAACUAUCCUGAUCCUAAAAGGUAACUGGACUUCCUUAGAAAUUUAAUGAACUUGUCCAAACUUGUCAUUACAUGUUUCCUGCUCUUCUCUCUCCCUGCUUCGUCAGUCCCACCAUUUAAGUACAAUGUGAAUGAGUACAAAAAGUUUAAAAAGCAUAAUAUUCAAAGUAGGAAAAGCAUUUUCAUAUCACUUUCUGCAGCCUGUAUUUUAAUAGGAUAUGAAAUAAAAUGUCAGGUGGAUAAUCUUCAGAUCAGUGUGAUCAUAAAUCAUCUGUUUUAAGUCGUCCAGGCAGACAGAAACAUUAUUCACUUGCACAGCCUGUCUUGAAAUACUUCCAUCUUUUUACUAGUGGUAUUUCAUAGGAUGAUAGAAACUAUUUCUCCCCUGUUGUUCUCCAGAGUAAUUUUCUAGAGUUUUUCAUUGCAUGCUAAAAGCUUUUUAUUUUGCAUUUUUCUGAAAGUGGGGGGAGGAAGGGAGGACUGGGCUUUUCAGAAAGCAUACAGUUGACAGGAUUCCCUCUUCCCUAGUAAUAGCUUAUAAAACUCUUAUGUAUGCACAAUAUUUCUCUUGCGUGCAUGUGAAAUGCCUUUUCGUCCUGAGAAAAGUGUUCUCUGCAGAAACUACCCGUGUGUAAAAAGAAGAUUGGCUUUAAAAGGCAACUGUGAUGGGAACAGUGUCUUAGGGAGAUGCAGCUUGGACUUGAGGUAAAUUGAAUGCUUUACAAAAAUGUGGUUUUGAGCUUGCAUUGACAUUGUAUGUAAUCUGGGUACACGUUAACUGUAUAAUGUUUUUGUAUGGUUUUUCUCAAUAAAUGUAAACUGAUGG